CAGUGCAGGCCACUCACAACACAACUGCUCAUACUGCUGGCCUUCGGUCUGAGACCAGGGCACUAUUUCUUUACUCUGAACCACCUGCUUCAACUUUAUUCGGAGGAGCCAGCCAGAACUGAACCUUUGCCCUCUGAAGGAAACAUGGAUAUUUAGCUGCUUAAAGUGAGAGCAUCUGUAGAGCUGCGGCCUCUAAACGGCUAUCAUGGGGAAUGUGAUGAGGCAGGAAAAGACAAACCCAGAGCCAAACAACUUUGAUACCAUGUUUAAAGACUGUGACAGUCUUGUGGUGCUCUCUGAUUACCCAUGUCGAGACAUUAGUGAACCGAUCUUUAAGAUCGGGGACAAACUCAAAGGUCUCUCUGAAGAGGGUUGCUGGUGGAAAGUCCGUUCUCUUCAAAAAGGAACUGAGAAUUACAUUCCAAGUAAUUAUGUGGCAAAGGUUUAUCAUAGAUGGCUGUUUGAGGGGAUUAGCAGACAGAAGGCAGAAGAGCUUUUGUUACUGCCUGGUAACGGUGUUGGAUCAUUCCUUAUUAGAGAUAGUCCGCAAGAGAGAGGUGUAUAUUCUCUCUCUGUGAGACACAGGACCAUAAAGCACUAUAAAAUAUUACGUCUGACUAAUAGCUGGUACUACAUCUCCCCACGGCUUACAUUUCAGUGUCUGGAGGACAUGGUCAGUCACUACUCUGACUCAUCAGACGGUAUAUGUUGUGUUCUCAGCACUCCGUGUCUGGUUCUGUCCAACCCCGCGCCGAGCACAACCCAGGAAGCACCACCUGUGGUAAUGCGCCGUAACUUGGAUUGGAAGAAAGUGAAUAAGUCACAGCUGAUGAGCCCAAGCGAGCUGGAUAACGUGGACAGCAAAGAUAACAUGAUGAGCUACGGUGUCAGGAGCAGCAUAGCCGCCUAUCUGUCUUUAACAUCAGUACCUGAGCUAGAGAACGCCAAAGGCCGCAAGAAGAAGAGCAAGUCUGUCUAUGUGAUGCCUGACCACAGUAAUAUAAAUGCAGAUGAGGACUAUUAGCUUAUAAGCAUAGACAUUUAAUCUACCAGCACAUUGCUAUGGAUUGUAAUAUUUUUGCACUGGGUUAAGCGAAUCUUUCACAUACAUGUCCAGGUCACUUUUCUAUGGAAGCCGUUUCCACCAUGGAAUAAAAAAAUGUUAAAACAUAAU